CUACCUAGGUACUUCUUCGCCGGUACGUAACGAUACCUUCCUCGCUCUACCUCCUUCAGAUGAAAAGCGAUGAAAGUUCAUUUGGGGAUAAAUGCGAUGCGUAUGAGACAUCCAGGUGUAAGAAUGAAUAACCUUACCUGGAGACGAAAGAGUGGGAGGUGACAAGGAUCCUGCGAGCUGCACGUAUCGGCACCCCUCAUCUCAGCAGCGACAACAACCUCUCAUCUCAGCCAUCAGACGCCUCGUCAGGUUACAUGAGGAAAGAGACCACAAGUGCUCCGUUGCUACGCUGGCAAGAGAAAAUUUCUUCCUACUUGCUAUUGAUAGCUUCACUACUACCAUUGAAAUAAAUUCACUUACCUGAAUACAUCUGCACCUUUUGUCGUCUUAGAUCUCAGAUCUUACAUCUCACCGCUCACGCAGAUGAAGCAUCAUUUUAUUCUUGCUCUAAAAACAAGAACGUUCAUCAUGGCAGCAAAACCCAUCGUCCUCCAUAUCGGAGACCCAGUCAAAUGGAAUACGGAGUUCUACUCCACCUUUGCACAAGACUUUACCAUCGUUCGUCCCUCACUUGAAGAGCGACAGCGAGAAGCAUUCAUGGAAGGCUUAAAACAGAAGAAGUGGGGUAAUUUCUCUGCAGUCUUCAGACCUUUCUGGAAUACCGGGGGCGAGAUGGGGAGAUGGGAUAAAGAGCUCGUUCCACUGAUCCCAGACUCAUGCAAGAUCUUUGCAUCGGCUGGAGCGGGCUUUGAUUGGGCCGAUGUCGAUAUUCUGGCUGAGCGAGGUAUCGUGUACUGCAACAGCGCUGCUGCUUCCACCGAAGCUGUGGCAGACUUCGCUAUAUUCCUGAUACUUGCUACCUUCCGAAAUUUGACCUGGUGCACUACUGCUGCUCGAGGUUCGCCUGAAGAGUUUAAAGACUGUCACGAGAAUGCUCCACCCCUCUCACACAAUCCCCGAGGUCAUGUCCUUGGUAUCAUUGGACUCGGUAAGAUCGGAUAUGAGAUUGCGCGUAAAGCGUACCUUGCCUUUGGGAUGAGGAUCAAGUACUUUGACGUAAUCAGAUCGUCAUCCGCCAGAGAAGCAGAGGUCGAAGCCGAGUUCUGUCCAGACAUUGAUUCCGUACUGUCAGUCAGUGACUGCGUCGUUAUCGCAACUCCCGCAAGUCCCGAUGGCAAGAAGUUGAUCGACAAAGAGAGACUUUCGAAAAUGAAGAUGGGUAGCAGAUUCGUUAACAUUGCUCGAGGAAUGCUGGUAGAUGAUGAGGCAGUAGCGGAUGCUGUCGAGGAAGGACGACUGGUUGGAGUUGGACUGGACGUCCACGAACACGAGCCUAAUGUCAAUGAAAGGCUUAAGAAGUUGAAGCAGGUCACCCUUACAACUCACAAUGCUGGUGGAACCUUAGAAACGCACAUGGGUUUCGAAACUCUUGCUAUGCGAAACAUUGACGCCGUUUUGAAAGGAAAGGAACCCUUGACUCCGGUCAACCAGCACCUGAUC